AUGGAGGCGCAGGCGCAGGACAACAGGGCGGAGGACGGGGACGGCGCGCGGCAACACCACGUAGCCGGCGGCGUCGCGACGGCGACGGCGGCGGCGGCGGGGAUGGCGAUGGGCGCGAUCCCCAUGCACGGGUUCAUGGUCCCGAAGCCGGAGCCGGUGGAGUUCUUCGGCGGGAUGGCCAUGGUGCGGAGCAAGCCCCCGCCGCGGAACCGCGACCGGCACACCAAGGUGGAGGGCCGGGGGCGGCGGAUCCGCAUGCCCGCGGCGUGCGCGGCCAGGAUCUUCCAGCUCACGCGGGAGCUAGGGCACAAGUCGGACGGCGAGACCAUCCGGUGGCUGCUGCAGCAGUCGGAGCCCGCCAUCGUCGCCGCCACGGGCACCGGCACGGUCCCGGCGAUCGCGACCACGGUCGACGGCGUGCUCCGCAUCCCCACGCAGUCGUCCUCGUCCUCCAGCCCCUCGUCGCUCACCACCGUGGUCGACGGCGACGAGACGUCUGCCGCCAAGCGCCGCCGGAAGCUGCAACCCACGCGCGCGGCCGCCGGCGCGUCCCCGCUCGCCACCGCGGCUCCCGCGGCGGCGUACUACCCUGUCAUCGCCGACCCGCUCCUGCAGGGCACCGGCGGAGCGGCCAUCUCGGUGCCGAGCGGCCUCGCCCCCAUCACCGCGUCGGGCGCCCCGCAAGGGCUCGUCCCGGUCUUCGCGGUCCCUGCGGCCGGCAGCCCCGGCGGCGCCGGCAACCGCAUGAUCCCGCAGGCCACCGCCGUGUGGAUGGUGCCCCAGCCUGGCGCCGCGGCGGGUGGCGGCGCGGCCACCCAGCCCACGCAGUUCUGGGCCAUCCAGUCUGCGCCGCAGCUCAUCAACCUCGGCGGCGCGCAGACCGCCGUGUUCCCCGCGGCGGUGAACGUCGCCGACUUCCAGCAGCAGCAUCAGCCCAUCUCCAGCAUGUCUCACAACAGCAACUCGGAGCAGCGGCACCUGCAGCAGUCCCACGAGCAGCAGCGCGGCGACGUCGACCAUCCGGAGGAGGACGAUGACGACGACGACGACGAGCCGGUGUCCGACUCCAGCCCAGAAGAGUAA